UUGGCGGCCGAGAGGGGAGGGUCGGAGCGGUGACGAGAGACGACGAGAAGAUGGCGGCGGAGGCGGUGGAGCUGCACAAGUUGAAGCUUGCAGAGUUGAAGCAAGAAUGUUUAGCCCGAGGCCUGGAGGCGAAAGGAAACAAACAGGAUCUUGUCAACAGACUGCAGACCUAUCUUGAGCAACACGCUGAGGAGGAGGCAAAUGAAGAAGAUGUCUUGGGUGAAGAAACAGAGGAAGAAGAACAGAAACCGGUAGACCUGCCUGUCAAAGAGGAGGUCCCCAUGGAGAAAUCAGCUGAAGUGGGUGCAGAAAAAAAAGUGGUGAAAAUUACUUCAGAGAUUCCACAGAUGGAGAGAAUGCAAAAACGGGCAGAGAGAUUCAAUGUUCCUGUGAGUCUGGAGAGUAAGAAGGCUGCAAGAGCGGCUCGGUUUGGUAUGCCUACAGCUUCCGCUAAAGGUCUAGCUGCGGAGAAUAAGACUACAGUAAAUAUAGACAAAUUAAAGGAAAGGGCUCAGAGAUUUGGCUUGAAUGUCUCCACAGUCUCCAAAAAGACUGAAGAUGAUGAGAAGCUCAAAAAGAGAAAGGAGAGAUUUGGUAUUGUGACGAGCUCUGCCGGGGCAGCAAUCACAGAGGACACGGAGGUAAAGGCAAAGAAGAGAAAAAGAGCAGAACGCUUUGGCCUCGUCUGAUGAUCCGUCUCUUAGUCCUUGUUUCGGGUGUGUCUUUUACACAUUCUUGUUCUGCAUACCUUAUAAGGAAUAUAAUUUUCUUCCUCGUACAGAUGUUGGCUUUGCGUUUUAAAACUAGCAUUUUAAUCGUGCCCGCCCCUUUGGACUUGUAAAAGAAAUGGAUUUUGGAACAUAGAAUAAAAGUGUUCUUUUUGGGUAUGCAACAGUUGAAUUCUCUGUCAUAUUCUCUUACAGCCACUAGUAUUCAGUGUAUGUCAGUGUAAAGUGGGGUGUGCAGACUCCAAUUUAUUUCUCCUUUUCUGUGCAGGUAGAAACUACUCCAUAAAAUAAAAAAUAGCAUUCACUGAGUAUGGAGGCAGAAGGAAUAUGAAGAUUUCUGUUGCAUCAUUCGCUGUAAUUGAAGUUACCCAGCAAUACUUAAAUUAGGCACAGUCCGUCCUCGUCCUUACAAUUUCCCUUGCACAUUUGUUUCUUCAUUAUUAUUUUUUCAUAUUGCCUGUAGCUAAUUGCUAGGUUUCCUCUUUCUUCCUGCUAAACAGUAAUUCUUAAAGAUCAUUUGUGUCAGCUGCUUGCCCCCAAUUCGAAAAUAAAAAUACUCUUAUGUUCAAAACCAAAGCAUUUCUUUCCUUGGGUUCUGCCACAAGUUCACUCAAAUUGGGUCUUAGGAAGUACGAUCUCAGGUUUGCCAUACAGCUAGUCUGGAAGGUUCUUGUAUAGUCACCUGCUGAAGUAGAAGCCAUGCUUUUUAUACUUUAUGCAGCUGUCGUGUGUAUUAAAGGACACUUUUGGCCCACAGAAUGGGAUUCAUUGAAUGACGGCUCUUGGCUGUAGCUUAGAGCAGUCCAGGAUGAAGAUAGCUAAGUAGCCACAGAUUUAGUAUCCAGUACUGCCCAGCCUCUCAGAAAUGCUUCAUUGCUAAUGAUAUUAUAGACGGCAUUGAAGGAUUUUUCCCUUUCAUUUUUACUUGUAUUAAAAUGAAAAAAAAUUAGCUUUUUUAGAAGAAGUAGUGUGAAAUCAAAAAACCUGUAAAGAUAAUAGCCAUAGAAUAAAUUAUUGUAAUAUGAAAUCUUGAUGUUCAAAAUUUCUUUUAUGUACCUUCCAUCCCUAGGUCGAUUUUCAAUUUUUUUUUCUUUUUUCUUCCGUAAAUUUGAUGCAUAUUUGAAAGAGCUGAAGUGUCCGUUUGCGUUGUUGUCCUUCAUUGUAUUGAGUCAGGAUAAACUUCUAAUAUUUGCAUUUCCUAUUAAUGACUUAGGCACAAUUCAGAAGUGUAGUGCAAUGAUAGUUCUACAAGAACAGACUUCUGUUCUGUCGCCACCUUUACCUAAAUCCUUACCAGUUCCCUAUUUUAGUUUAUGUAGACCAAACACUGUUUAGCUAACACUACAGAUACGUGUCAUCCUCCAAACAGGGAAGAAGCUGUUUGAUUAAUUUCUUCUGCAUACUAUAGAUAGCCAUUCUUGUUGCUCAUGGUUUUUAGUCUGUCAAUUGGAUUUUAAUCUGAAUAGGUCUACUUGGGCUCUAAUUUUCAGUUUUCUUCAAGGGUUGAAUUUCAUCUCCCUCUUUGUUCCUCAUUCAGCUUUUUGCAUACAGAGCAGAUUAAGCAGAGCUAAAAAAAAAAUGAUUAGCUGCCUCUUUAAUUUUAUAUGUUACGCAUAUUUCAGCUGUGUGCAUUUAAUUAACCAGCUAUUCCUAACUGUCAUGUACUGCAUUAUUCAUGCCAUCUUGGAGCAGUAUUCUAAUUUGCGGUUAAGACCGGGAGUCACAUGGUAUCUGUUCAACACCCCAGCUUCUCAGAAACGCAUGUUCUUAACUUUAUUCUCAGUUUAUUUUAUAUGUUCAUUUUUAUAAUAUGUUUUCUACUCAUCAGAUGUUGGCGAUUUGGUUUACUUGCUUGAGAUGUUUUGUAGUGUGUUUUGAAACCAGAACUGCAUUUCGCUCUUGGUUUCAUAAUAAAAGUGCUUCUUCAGGGCAA